AUGGGUAAUAUAAUUGCUGAAAUCGAGUUCACCUCGCUUCGAAUUCCAACAUUCGAACUGCCAUGGCCUGAGAGAAUCUCACCAAACGUGGAACUUAUUGAAACUCGUAUGUUGGAAUGGGCAGAAAGAUAUGAAUUGUUUCCCAACCAAACAGCAUAUAAAGAGCGGGUCAAACGUACACGUUACGCUUGGCUUGCCGCGCGUUGCUAUCCAAACGCCAGCCCUGAGUUGUUACAAACAAUCGCCAACUAUUUUGUAUGGUUCUUUCUCGCCGAUGACUUGUUCGUUGAUCGAGUUGAGAAGGUGAGCCCUGAUACGCUGCGCAACCUCACCGCAAUGAUCGACGUGCUGGACUUCAACUGUGCAAGCCAAAAGCCUGUUUACGGUGAACUGGCUUGGCUUGAUGUUUGUAAACAACUCCGCCGGCUAUUAGCAGCAGAGAAUUUUGAACGUUUUGCUCAAGGGAUGCGUUUGUGGUCAACUACGGCAGCUCUGCAGAUACUCAGUCAUCUGCAAGAUAAACCAGUGGGAAUUCGUCAAUACGAAACAAUUCGCCGCCAUACGAGCGGGAUGAACCCUUGUCUCGCACUAUCAGAUGCAGCAAACAUUGGAGCCGUUGGUCCUGAUGAAUAUUAUCACCCUGAUGUUCAAAGGCUUUGUCGUCACGCGAAUAAUAUUGUCUGUUGGAGUAAUGAUAUCCAGAGCCUGGGUAUUGAGAUGCGUCAACCGGGUCAGUUUUGGAACAUGGUGGGCACGUAUGCGGGCUCCGGAUAUACAUUACAGGAAAGCGUCGACUAUACAGCUGAGCGGGUAAAAGCAGAGAUUAUAAGCUUUAAGCGACUGUCUCACAAGAUCUUGCUAUCUGCUAGUCCACAGCUUUGCGGCCUUGUUCAAGGGUACGAGUAUUGGAUUCGCGGAUAUAUUGAUUGGGUUAUGAAGGAUACGAAGCGCUAUGCCACCGAAUUUGCUGCUGGUGAUGCUGAUGAUCGUGACGUGCUUUCUUCUCAAACUUGA